CAGUUCCCAAUGGUCCAGGACUUUACCCAGGAAUGGCCCUUUAUUGGUGAUGCUCCUGACGAUAUGGGGUGGUUGAACGAGCCGGUUGCGGAGUGACUAGUUUAUCUACUAUACGAAUAUUCUAUACCCUCAAAUUCUUACCUCUCAAAAUGGCACCACCGUUUCUCAAAACCUGCCCCAAUACUGCACGCCCCGCGGCCGAACGCUGGCAUGGCAAUAUCCAAUAUUGCGAGUUCUGUCGAUCUACCAACGACGAAUAUGAUGCAGAGGCCGCCGCUUUACUUGCCCAGAGCAGCAAUGCCAGUGGACUUGAACCUCAUGGCUCUGGAAUUCCGUCCGCAUCUGCCCCCCUCUUUGUACCUGGGACACUUCAGAUCCCUAGCUCUUCUCAGCAUCCUCAUCCCGCAUCUUUUCUUCCAGGAAUGUCUACUGCACCUGUUCCUCCAGUUGCUGUCGCUAUACAGCCGCCAGGUGCUAGUUCUGCUCCACCCCAGGCUCCUCCUGCUCCAAUGGCCCCACAACUACUCCCUUCCGUAUUCCCUUUUGCUGCGAGCCAUGUUGCUCGACCUAACCACUCUUCCAGUAGUACUUAUGCUGCUGCACAAGCUCAACGGGCUGCAAAUGCGAGAGUUGCUCAGGCCGCUGCCCAGGCCGUAGCUCCUCAUGCCGGUAAUAGGCUACCUGGAGCCCUUCAAGGUCUCAUGAAUCAAAAUGUGGCCGGAUCUAGUCUUAUGGAAUCACAGACCGUGGUUUUACAGCUAGUUCUCCGCAAGUGGGCAUUUGAUGAUAUGAAGAAUUGGAGAGCUGAGCAAAGAACCAUCCAACUUUCUGAAGAAGUCGGUGGUGGCUUUCGAUUUGAAAUAAAUAAUCGAGUCUUUUCUACCCUUUCCGAUGUAGUUUCUCAGCAGCUACUCCCUCACUUCUCUCUCCGCAUUGGCGGACCUACCCGCCAUCGUCAAUUUAUUGACAAUGCGAAUGAACUGGUGUUCUGUUCUAUUCAAACUGUCUUUGACCUUUCCCGCUGCGGCAUGUAUCUGGGCCCUAAGGGCGUCUGGAUGAUUUUCCUUGUUUUGUACCAGGAUGAGACUCUAUACGAAGAUAUCCGUCUUGAAAUUGCUCGUGAAGAGCUGGAAAAUGCUCAGAAGGAGACUCUAUACGAAGAUCUCCGUCUUGAAGUUGCUCGUGAAGAGCUGGAAAAUGCUCAGAAGGCGCAGCAACUUGAGGAGAUCAAACAACAGAUUGAGGAGGCCCAGAGAGCCCAGGAGAGCAUUGCCCGCCAGCGCAGGCGUGAGACUUUGAGAGCAAGGAGGGAUCUGAUAAACCGGUGGGCAAAUGAAGGCGAUUCUUCUCCACUUGCCGACCUCUGGGAGCCGCAAGAUAAUGCGGAAAGUGCUGCUGAAAGUGCUGCCGAAGCUAAUCCCAAUGGCAACGAUGACAAUAAUAGCAGUGGGCUAUCAGAUCCUCCUUCAAUUUUACCAUCCUCUCCUCCAGCAGAGGGGACUAUGGUUGAUCUCAUGGACCGUGUAAGCAUUACUCCGCAGCAACGGGCACGUCAGAGGUAUGAAUAUGCUACCCCUCUUCCUCAUCAGAUACAGAGAAUUAACGGGCAUAAUGUCUUUAGCUUUGCGGGUGAAACCCAAGGCACCCGGGCCACUGCCAGCACUCCGCCUGUUGCCCCGGACGGAAGUCCAACUAUCAUCGUUGAACUCCCCAGGCCAAUUGACCUUACUUCUCCUGAGCGAACCCAUCGUACAAGGUCCGAUAAAUUACGCAUGAAUGUCCGCCGAGGUCAAGGUAGUUGAGAAAAAAUGGGCCUGAUAUCCAAUGUGCUUUUUCCUAUGUCUUGCAAUUAGCUUAGUGCUGUUUUGGGUCUUAUUUCCUUGCGGAUAUGUAUGCACUUGGAAUUUAUGAUUGAUGCUUUAAAGCAAUGCUCUUUGAUUAGUUCUCAUGCAAUUUAAAAGUCAGGCUGCUAAAUUCAAUGCUUUUAUGAUACUCAAAUCCACCCAAGUUUACAAAGUCUUGCGAUUAUUAGGGCCUUUAUAAUCCUUUGCCUUUUGAGUUUAAUGCCCAAACAGCA